AUGUAUGGGAUUGAGCACUGGUAUAUAACCAACAGUAAAGCGUAGAGUCACCAAAUACUCAUUUUUUUUAAUUAUAUUAAGUUGCAAUAUAUUAUUGUAGUUCAUGUAACAUUAGUUGUCAGGUUAUUACUAAACUUACCUCAUAUCAAUUUUUUAUUAUUAUUUUUCAAGCCCAACCAAUAAAACCAUGAUAUUGCAACCUAAAAAAUAAAAAAGCUGUUUUUGUUAGUCUACUAGCGAGUUUAGAUCCUUAAGACGGGCUCAAAGGUUACAGGAAACUUCAGCCCAAAUUAGACCCACAUUGAAACUGGGCCCAGAAGCAAGCCCAACCUUAACCAUCCAGUUCACUCCCGCGAUGUUGGAUCUGUCAUCUCCCUCCUUCGCAACACUAGGGUUUUUGCUUAAUGAUUCAUAUCCAGCAGAAGAAGAAAAACCCUAAUUUCGGAGAGCGAAUUCAUAUUGCGGAAAAUGGCGCUACAGCAGUUUGGUCGCAGCAAGAGCGUGACGAAGCGGUCGAAGAAGUACUUGGAAGAAGCACUGUACAAGAGGCUGUUCAAGGAUGGUAGCUCCGAGGUGACCGUUCGGCAUCAGCUCAAUCAGUUCAUCAAAAGCCGCAAACGAGUCUACAAAUGGGAGGUCGGGGACACCCUCAAGAAGCUUCGCGAUCGCAAGCUCUACUAUCCUGCUCUCAAGCUUUCAGAGACUAUGGCUAAAAGGGGAAUGAACAAGACAGUUAGUGAUCAGGCUAUACAUCUUGAUCUAAUUGCCAAAGCACGUGGUAUUCCCGCUGCCGAAAAUUAUUUCAUUGGUCUUCCUGAAUCUUUGAAAAAUCAUCUCUGUUAUGGGGCUCUACUCAACUGUUACUGCAAGGAAUUGAUGACUGAAGAAGCUGAAGCUCUUAUGGAAAAGAUGAAGGAACUCAAUCUUCCUUUAAGCUCCAUGCCUUAUAACAGCAUUAUGACACUUUAUUCAAAAACCGGGCAAUCAGAAAAGAUCCCGGCCAUCAUACAAGAAAUGAAGGCCAGCAAUAUUAUGCUGGAUUCUUAUACUUACAAUGUCUGGAUGCGGGCUCUUGCUGCUGUUAAUAACAUAUCUGGGGUUGAAAGGAUUAUCAACGAGAUGAAGAGGGAUGGUCGAGUUACCAGAGAUUGGACCACUUAUAGCAACUUAGCAUCAAUUUAUGUCGAUGCUGGCAUGUUUGAGAAGGCAGAAACUGCACUCAAGGAAUUGGAGAAUAGAAAUUCCUGCAGAGAUCUGUCUGCUUUUCAGUUCCUAAUCACAUUGUAUGGCCGAACAGGGAACCUGCUUGAAGUUUACCGGAUAUGGCGUUCUUUAAGAUUAGCAUUUCCUAAAACUGCAAACAUAAGCUAUCUAAAUAUGAUGCAGGUGUUGGUUAACUUGAAAGAUCUGCCAGGUGCAGAGAAAUGUUUCAGGGAAUGGGAAUCUCAGUGCUCUAUUUAUGAUAUUCGGGUUGCUAAUGUUCUCAUUGGAGCUUAUGUUAGAGAGAGUUUGCUAGAGAAGGCUGAGGAACUCAAGGAACGGGCCCGCAGAAGAGGGGCCAAACCCAAUGCGAAAACAUGGGAAAUCUUUCUUCAUUAUUAUUUGAAGAAUGGAGAAUUGGGAUUGGCCGUUGAUUGUGUUUCCAAUGCAGUAUCUACUGGCAGGGGGGAUGGUGGGAAGUGGAUUCCGCCACAAGAAAUUGUCAACACCUUUAUGGAGCAUUUUGAGCAAAACAAAGAUGUAGAUGGCGCUGAAGGCUUUCUGGAUAUUUUGAAAAAGGCUGUAGAUACCUUAGAAGUGGAGGUGCUUGAAUCAUUAAUAAGAACUUAUGCUGCUGCUGGAAGGAAAAGCCCCAUACUGCAUCGCCGAUUGAAAAUGGAAAAUGCCGAGGUGAGUGAUGCCAGUAAAAAGUUGCUUGAGACUAUAUGCGUGGAGUGAGUUUUGUUUAUUUCUUCCUACUUUUCAUCUCAGGGGUUUCAACUUCUGGUAAAAGUUAUUUUAAAUGGUCUGUAUUUGAUUCCAUUUUUGCAGUAAAAUGUGCUAGUUUUGUGAAUUGAUGAAUAAUAUAGCCGACAAGGAAGGCCUUUGAACUAUUCAAUUGAGGAUGACUCCUUCGCUGAUAUAA